CAUCGGGUGUCAGCAGCCCGGGCGACAUGCGUAGGAGACAUCAGUCCCCAAGACCCAAAGGCCGUGGCUGUCCUUACAACCACGAGCUGCCUCCGAAACCCUCUCAACAGACAGAAAGGUACGUAGAGCAGUGGUCCUUUGUUUCUCUACAUGAACUCACGGUGUAUAGCGCCAAGCGCUUCCUGAACGUGGAUUCUCCAUCUUUCAAACCCCUGUCACCUGUCACGAAUAAUGCGCAGCCUGUGAAGACCCUCGGUAUUUCGCCUAAAGCGGCUUCAGCGGCUGUAUUCACACCAAAGUCAACCGGUAUGGUCAGCCUGAUUGCAACCCAGGUUCAAAUGACUGACUUGAACCAGCAGCGNGUGCCUGUCGCAUCAGCCAAGCAAUCAUCGACAGAAUGGUCUCAGCGUGGUAUACAAGAGUUCGUGCCCCAGAACUUUGUGCCUCAAGCAUAUCAUCGUACUGUUCUCGGGCUUGACAAUGGGCGGCAUGUGCUAAUGAAGGCUGCGUACAGGCUGAGNAGCGGCUCAUCUGCAAACAACAUAUCCUCCUUCGACCCGUUCACCAUGCAAGGGAGUUCUGGUCAGAUGUCCGAUGCUUCCCAUGCUCCGCAGAUCAACCCGUAUGCUCAGGAUGCUUCCACUAUGGCUGCAAAUUCAAUGUUCUCAGCUGCUGCGGCUUUUGCCCACCCUGUAUGCCAACUAUCCAUUUACCAUCUCUAUGCGCCCUUGGGCCCUCAUCGAGAGAAUCUCAUGGCUUAUCAGCGAACAACUCAUGACUUUUUCAUUCCCGAUCACUUGCGCGAGGAGAUGCAACGUAAAUCUGAGGCAUCUCUCCAGACAUUCUCCAGUAAGCUGUGCGGCUUCAAUGUGUCGAUACAACGAAACUCAUCCAUUACAGACACCGCACUGCCUCAGCAGAUAGAACACUUCCAUUCUCUGGUUGCUCUCGAUACAAAUGUCCAAAAGUCUGCAUCAGCAUAUGGCUAUCCAAGUUGGAUAUACAAGGCCACCUCCAGCAAAGAUGGGUACAACUAUGCUCUUAGACGUCUAGAAGGUAGAAAGUCUUGCUCCUACUUUUCGAUCAUUGAAAGCUUACAUCAGACUUGCNNAGGCUUCCGACUGACCGACGAGAACGCAAUACGCACUAUCCAGACCUGGAAACGUAUCAGCAACGGAAAUGUUGUUACUGUCCAUGACGCUUUCACAACCAGAGCAUUCGGAGAUAGUUCUCUGAUCGUCGUCACUGACUACCAUCCUCUCUCUCAGACGCUGGCUGACAAGAUAUUCACUCCAAACACCAGAAAUCCAGGAGCCCCCAUGUCGCGAUCCCCAGGAAGCUAUGUGACUGAUCAUGAAUUGUGGGGAUACAUCGUCCAGCUCGCAUCUGCUGUCAAAGCUAUCCACUCAAUAGGCCUCGCUGCUCGACUUAUGACUCCUCAGAAGAUCCUUAUCACGUCCAAGAGUCGACUGCGCUUGAACUCUUGUGGCAUCCUUGAUAUCGCUCAAUACGAACAGGACCGCAGCAUAUCGGAGCUCCAGCAAGAUGAUAUACUGCAAAUGGGGCGCUUGAUACUCUGCAUAGCCAACAAAAAUCCUACGGCUCACCACAACACUCAGAAGUCUCUUGAGCACGUUGGUCGAGCAUAUAGCGAAAAGAUGCGCGAGGUAGUCACCUGGCUACUCACCCCUGCUACGCCAAUGACACCAACUCAAGCACCAGCAAGUUCGCCCGCCUCCGCAGCAGCGACUACAUCUUCAGACCACGAUAUUGACAGCUUCCUCUCACUGAUCUCGUCGCAAAUAACAUUGACCUUCGACGCCAGUCUGCACGAAGCCGACUCACUGACGAGUAAUCUAUCUCGCGAGCUUGAGAAUGCACGCAUUGUACGCCUGCUCACCAAGCUUAAUAUGGUCCUUGAGCGCCCCGAGGCGACUCUGGCAUCCAAUGCUGCGAACCCAAAUCAGCCUGCUGCUCCACACACUCUUAACCACACUUCGUCUGCUUGGUCCGAGACUGGAGAACGCUACUACCUCAAACUGUUCCGUGAUUAUGUGUUCCAUCAGGUUGAUGCAGAUGGCCGACCUGUGCUUGAUCUCGGACAUAUCCUGACAUGCUUGAACAAGCUGGAUGCUGGUAUCGAAGAGAAGAUCAUGCUGGUUAGCAGGGACGAGCAGAAUUGUUUCGUCGUCAGCUACAGAGAGGUGAAGAGAGGGUUCGAGAGCGCUUGGACAGAGUUGAUGAAGGCUAGUCAGGGCGGAAGAAGA